AUGCGAACAACAUCGACUCGGUUUAAUAACGCGUUAUUAGUUGGCGUCGUGCUCAUUGUAUGGUCUAUGGCUCAGUCGCCAAACUUUAAAUUAAUACAGCAUUAUCUGGAAUCAUAUACCGACAUACGGAACAAUUAUUUGGAUGAGAUCAGUAGAUCGACGGACCUACUCCUCGAGAUUGAUCAAGAAAUUCAAAAUAUAAUCGAUCUACGGCACUCUAUUCGCCAAAAUAUAAAAAGCAAAAAUGCUCAAAUUCUUGCCAACUCCUUGAAGGAAGAUGAUGAAUCUCAAUUGAAUUCAUCGCGUCAAGAGAUUGAAACACUACUAAAGAAAUAUGAAAUGCCCUUAAUUGAAGAUAUAGUUCACGAUGCUCUAGCAGAAGUCUGCAACGAAGUAAAGCCUACGAACCUAGCGGAUCGUAUGUGGGAUGCUGUGCAAAUGAAUGAUAAGCAGUCUUUUGAAUUGGCCAUAAGAUCUCAGAUGACAUUAUUUUGGUUGCAUCAAGACAGAGAGAAUUCCGAUAAGGGCUACAUCAAAGAAGUUAGUUAUUAUUUCAAUAAAAUUGUAAAUCAUCCUUUUUAUGCGACACUCGAUGAGACGCUUAAAUAUCAAAUGGAAAAAUGUGUUAAUCUACUACCAAGUGCUUUCAAAAGUUUACUGUUUGAUACAAACUUCUGUCUAAUGAGUGCAGCGCAUUCUGAAUAUAUAUACACAGCCAUAGAAGCUAAAAUUAAUUCCGAUAGCCGUUACAUAUGGGUUUGGCAUGAGAAGCUAUUUAUCGAUGACACAGGUCAUAUCAAAGCCGCGAUAGUAGACGACCCGAAUCAAGCACUCUCCAAUUUACGAGUAACUCUAAAGGGAGUUAAAUACAAUCUGUUCUAUUAUCGUAUAGUAUCAAAUGGAAAUGUUGUCGCUGGUUGGGAAUCCACUGCCCCACCCCAGCAUCACGAAUGGGACGUUCAAUUGAUGAAUGAUGAUACGGUUGUAUUCUCACAAAACGGUUACAUAAUGUGCUCGGGUGCAAACCACGAUGCUGAGAGGAGGAAUGUCUACGGAUUCAAAGAUAACGAACAUUCCUCGCAAACAAGUGAAUGCCAAUGGAAGAUUGGAAUUUGUGAUCGCCGCUAA